UAAGCAAGGUCCCCUCGAUAACAAGAACGGGUAGACCUGUACAUACCUUCGCCGGAUGGUAGGAUGACGCCCUCUGUCUCGAGGGGGCCAAGUGUCCCGAUUAUGGAUGCUUGUUUGCCCGAAGAAAAUUUGGGCUCGCUGUUCACAGGAAGGUAAUUGGCACAGUCAAUCAGGAGACUAUCUAUCUUAUCCCAGUUUUGAAGGGUCAUCGUUCCAUCGCAAUAAAGCUCUCGCUGCUGGGCUAAUGUUCCCGUCCGUGCAUCACGCAUUCCAUGUCGUCGAGAAUAUGAUCGAGUUUCACGUUGACAGAGUGUUGGUGAGUCUCACGGCGGCGGAGACCUUGUAUGUGCCAAUAGGUAAGAGGUGUCAAAUUCGAUUUGUUAGUCGUUACGCGAAAACGUAUGUUGUUGCGAGUGGAGGAGGGCUAGUGGAACUAUCUAUCAAGGAGGGGAACCCUUACUCGUCACUUAUCAUUCCUGAGACGGAGGCACUUGUGGACUUGGGACACAUCCAGCAGGUCAAUUAACGAAGGCGAAUCAAAAUGUUGGUCUAAAUGAGUCAGCGGCCUCCCACUACUACUAGUAGGGCAUUUCUGCAUUGUACUACUAGUGAUGACAUGAUGGUUCACGUAACCGGUAAUCGAGAGACGCGAAAGCGAAAUAAUGGCAGCAGUAUCCAUGUAAAGAGCCAUUGCAGUUUUAAUUAUACAGCCUGGGGUAUUACCCCCUUGUGUGGAUUUAGUGAUAUUAAAUUACA